UGGUUUGGGCUGUGUGUUGAUAGAUCACUAUGUCAGUCACCUUUGUUAUAUGUAUACAUUUAGAUAUAAAUAAUAAAAAAAACUCUUCUCAGCACGCCCUUUGCCCAUUUCAAUUCACACCCAUAUCUUUCACAGGAGAGAGUAUUCAACGUUUUUGCGAAAAGGAUAUGAAGAAUGUAUGUAAUGCUACAGAUGAGACAGUAUUAUAUAAUAAUAGUACUGGUACUGGACCAAAUAUUCUAUAUAAUGCUACAGAUAAGACAAUAUUACACAGUAAUAGUAUUGGUACUGAAUUUCCGAAAGAGGUCAUUAUUGGAGUGGUACCAGUACUUAUAGUAACUAUUAUAAUGGUAGUGGUAUGUAUAUUUUAUAGAAGGAAAAAUAAAGCAGUUGAUGUAUCAUAUCCCGAAGAAAGUCUAUAUAGUGAUCCCAACUGCAUUCAGUAUGCCCAGUUACAGCUGGCAGAGCCACAACCAAAUUCGUAUUUGUCUCAAAGGGAAAAUGUGGGAUAUUCUGAAAUUAUUGGUGUACUGAAACCGCAACAGUAAAAAUAAAUAAUAAUUUUAUUAUAAUUUAUUUUUACAUAAGUAGUAACAAUAUUAUCAGUUUUAAUUUAAUUAAAAGUUCAUAUAAAAUGUGCGUCCGAAUUAACUGCAAUCUGUAGUAUAG